CCCUGCGGCCUGCGGUCGUGAGGGGCGACCCCGGCCUGAGGGCAAUCCCGACGGAGAAAGGGUUGAUGAGUCCUGCUGCGGCAAUGUGAAGUCAUGGAGAGAAAAAAUCCAUCCAGAGAGAGUCCCAGGAGACUUCUGGCCAAGCUGGGAAAAGUGAUGGAAAUGAAACAACUGGCUCGCCAUUUCAGCCUGGCCACGGCUGAAUCGGACAAGGAUUCCGGAUUCUCAGACGGGAGCUCAGAAUGCCUCAGCUGUGCCGAGCAGAUGGACACGGAAGACACGCUGAACCCGCUGGGCUGGACUGGAGAUGAUGGGUCUCUGCAGAACCCCGACGUCGGAAGCAGUUCCUUCCCAGCCCUGUCCCCCAUGGUUGUCAUGAAAAACGUCUUGGUCAAACAGGGAAGCAGCUCGUCUGAGCUCCAGUCAUGGACGGUCCAGCCCUCCUUUGAAGUGAUCUCGGCUCAGCCACAGCUUGUGUUCCUUCAUCCACCUGUUCCACCUCCCGUGAGUUCCUUCCACGCUGGUGAGAAGAAAAGCGAUUCCAGGAACUACCUACCUAUUUUAAACUCCUACACCAAAAUAGCCCCACAUCCAGGCAAGAGGAGUCUUUCCCUCACCCCAGAGGAAGGAGGGGGAGCUGGCGAUCGAAAACGGACCUGUUCGGACAGAUGCAGGACAAGCUCGUCUUCCCUCGGGCCGACCAAGACUAACGUCUUGCCUUCCGGUCCCUCAGCCAUGCCACCGGGCCUGAGACUCGAUCAGGACUCUGCUCGGCAGAGUUCGUCAUCCUUGCCGGCCGGCGGGGGCCGGCGAACCGUCCCCAGCUUUCAACCGGGGCCCGGCGGCCGUUCGGUCGGAGGUCCCCGUUUGACCCCAGAGGCCCCAGCCGUGGACGGCUCCGGCCGAGGGGCCGAGAACUCCGUGUCACUGUCGACCCCGGCGGUUCCCAGCAGCCCCCCCGCCACCGUGGGGCAACUCCGCCGCACCCUAGAAGCCUUCCCCGAGCCCCGGCAGAGCAAGCACAGACGCUUUCAGAACACUCUGGUGGUUCUGCAUCGGUCUGGUUUGCUGGAGAUCACCCUGAAGACCAAGGAGCUGAUCCGUCAGAACCAGGCCACCCAAGUCGAACUGGACCGCCUCAAGGAGCAGACGCAGUUGCUGGUGGAAGCCGCACAAAGCAAUACUCCUCAGGCUUGGGCCAAGCUGCAAGCCUCGCUGUCCGUGUGCAACCAAGCUAAAAGUGGCCUAAAGCCAUCGCCCGCUCAACCGGGCAUUUAGCACAGGCGCCCUUGCUGCCCUGCGAACGGCUCCCGGGCCGGUAUUUACUCGAGUUUCCCCCAGCGUUUUUGAGAGCUUCCCUUAGGGUUAUGCGACUGCUCGAAGGAGUCACUCACCCAGCCCCCACAGCCAUUAUCUGGUGGUCGUUGAGAGCCUGAGCCUCGGGCCGGGGCGGGUCGUCCUCUGUUGGGAAUCUCAGAUUUGAAGCCUCUCUGAAACCCCUCUUCUUGGGCUGCCGACAAGCUCGAUACAGUCCAUUGACUAGCUUUGAAGAGGCGGUGCUCUCAGUGGGAGAGAGGGAAAUAUCCCUGUAAAGCCCUCCUAGAGAGGCCAACCUCCUGUCUUCCUGUCACCCACGUGCUUUCCCGGUCUCAUAACAGCAGCAGAGGUGGUUAGUCCUGGAAUCAAUCAAUCAAUCGUAUUUAUUGAGCGCUUACUGUGUGCAGAGCACUGUGCUAAGCGCUUGGGAAGUACAAGUUGGCAACAUAUAGAGACAGUCCCUACCCAACAGUGGGCUCACCAGGUGGGUUCUUUGGCAUCUGGAGACUGAGCCACUCAGAGAUCCCCUGUUGAUCUUUGUGUGGGUGUUUUGGAACCAACCACCUGAAAUCCAGUAGAGGUGUAUUUGUUAGAACGGCAUACCGCAGCCACCUUGCCACUUGACCCAAACCUAAGAUGUCUUAGAAACAGGUUUGGCAUAGUCUGCUUCAUUGCUUAAGAGUUGGUUUUCUGCAACUUGAGAGUUGAGAUGACGGUGUAAUAGCAUCCCAUUUGUACUAAGUAAAGGGGCACACAAAAAGCUGAUUUGGGAGAACUGACCGUAACACCCAAGUGGAGCAUCUUUGAAUUUCUGAGGUCCACCCUGAUGGGUUAAAGUAGCAGCUAGAGGAGUUCGUUCGUAAGAACCAGAAAUUGUUGUUUAGGAUGUCUGGCACCCUCUGUUCCGUGUCUAGUUCAGCUGGAUGAGCUUGUCUCUCUCCCUGACUGAAGUCGCCAAGCCCCAAGACAGCAAAAGUGACUCCAGAGAGAGUAGCGUGCCCUGACUUCCCCUCUGGCAAAGGGGGCAGAGGAACAGAAGAGCUGAAACAUUUGGAAAACAUUCCAUAGUGUACCCAUUUUUCUCCCUUUAUUGGGUGGAGUUACGCCAAACCCAGCAUCUGAGAGAGGUGUAAUGCUUGUACAACGAAGUUUCUCCCAGACUCUCACAAAUACUCUUUGGCCUGGUUCGGCAUAGGUCAUGUAGAAAUGAAGAAUUAAUGAGAUUUUUCCAUACUUGGCCCUCCAAGUGCCAUCCCUUCAAAUUGAAAUGUGUUUACAACCUAGUGAUCUUAUGUACCUAGGGCUUUUUAGGUACUUAAUUCUAUUUUUUUAAACAGAUUUAUGUUCAGAAGUCUCUUUACUAAUCUGAAUAUUUCAUCUUCGGAACCACUGGGCGUAAAGGUGGCCUUUAGCUAUGAAGAGAGAGAGAGAGAAUCCUCAUUUGUAAGAAUUGAUAGAGACUAAAGUUCCCAUUUUCCUGCCAGGAAGGAGAUCCAGACAUCUUAGUGAGGCCUGAGGGUAAACCAUUUUCUUUCCCAUUGACGUAUGGUAUUUUUUAAGCCCUUGUAGGUGCUAAGAGAUGGGGGUAGGUACAAGAUAAUUAGGUUGGACACAGUCCAUUUGGAAAUGUUUUUAACGAUGGAAAACUCUCUACAAGUUGACGGGGAAGGCUUCAGAGAGCUGCUUGGAUUCUGUGCAGAAAGGCUGAUUUAGAGAUACUUGCAUUGGAAUCAGUUGUAAAGUAUAGACAAAUAGAGGGUCUGUUGAAGUCCACUAGGCUAUCCUGUUGUCAGGGCAGAACUGUGUCCUGCUAUCCAUCUUUCUGCAGAGAACUCUCCAAAUGGCAGCAGAUAGGGACAUUGAACAAAUUCUCUUCUUCUCUAAAGAUCGUCGGUCAGCCCAAUCUCUCUGCCCCACCGAAUCUAUUUUCGGGGCAUUAGAGCAGCUGCAUAUUGAACAGCAUGCUAAGAAAUUUCCGUUUGGCAAAGAACAUUUGGCUUUGGAGGUAGAGAGCCAGGUGCUUUCAGGGACAGCCUGGGCACUAGUAAUGAUUCUCGCUGAGUGGCAAAAAAAAAAAACAACCCGCAUAUUGGGAUCCAAAUGUAUUUCAUCAGAAAAAUCCUCCACAGAGCUUUUAAGUCUCUUGGACUCCUCUUCCCCAGUGAGGGUUUGCAGAGCUGCAAAACUUAGCAUCGCCGUGAAAGAUGGUAAAAUCUGCCAUUGGUCCUUACUUUCAUCACCAGAUGACAUCGAGAGGCAGAAUGCUGCUCCGGCUCGGGAUAAUCUCUCUCUUCCAGAUGGCUUAGAGCUUGACGUCUGAGCUAUUGUACAGCAGCAAUUUCCUUCCCUUAAUGAAACUGUAAGUAAAUCGAGCUGAGUAGAGAAACCUAGGGCUAGGGAGGGUGGGAUGCAAUGCUCCGUGACCUGCAGAUUUGGGCUAGAACUGAAGCCAGAAGCCUCCAGGAAGGACCCUCUUGGGUUGAUCGGAAACUUCUGCUCCAUUGGUUGGAGGAGGCUGGAAGUAAUAUCGGUCUGAAUCUGGGCUAAUCUGCAAUGUUUUUGCACUACUAGUGAUUUUGGUACAUAGUAACACAGAUUCUUCCCUGAGGGUGUUCUUGGGGGUCGACUGCUUUGGGUAGUGUUGAAAGACAUCAAAGAAGGUAGGCAGGGGAAUGGACUUAGUCAACUGCCGCUUUGAUGUGAAGUUUGUAACUCAGAAUAUCUGGUUGCCUUUUAUAAAUUAUUCUACGAAGAUGUGACUUUCCCCCUCAUUUUCUGAUGCCUCCGACCGAAAUGUAACGAUCGCUCAUACCUUCAAGCGCGUCUCCAGCUAUGACUACUGUAAGGUAAAGAUUCAUUUUCAGGAGGUGAACUCAUUCGGUCAGAGUCGAAGUUUUGCAGAAAUUGACUGUGACACAUGAAAGAGAAAUAAAAGUCAUUUGAAGAUGUUC